UGAGCCCGCUUGGUCUUGUUCCUGAGGCUGCGGAGUCCCGGCGCGCGGUUCCUGUCCCCGCGCUGUGGGUCCUGCGUGGCGGGGCGCCCGCGCAAUGUUGCGCCUCCUCCUCGGGGUGACGGUAUUGCUGCUGCUGCUGUGUCCACAGGCUGUGCGGAGUGACUGCAGCCUUCCCCCAGAUGUACCUAAUGCCCAGCCAGAUUUGGAAGGUCGUACAAGUUUUCCUGAAGGGAGCACAGUAACAUACAAAUGCAAUAAAGACUUUGUUAAAGUUCCUGGCAAGAUAGCCACAAUAACCUGUAUUAAGGACAAUGAAUGGUCGUCGAUUGCAGAAUUUUGUAAUCGUAAGUUCUUCCUUUCUUUUUACAAAAAUUAUGAAAAUGGAAUGUGUCUUUUUAUGAGAAUGGAAUGUGUCUUGUCAAACUUUACCCCUCUUUGGAGUGACGUGUAACUGAUCAUUUUCUAGCAUUAUUAAACCCCAGGGUAUUCUUGUUGGCACUUCACACUUCAGCUAAUUGAUCAUCAUUACUUCCUCAAAUAGCUCCUGCUUCUCCAUUAACUGGUUCCCCUCACCUCCACCCCCCAACACAGUACCUCCUGAACUGACUAACAGAAAAUAAACGAUAGCUACCGUUUUUUAGGGAGUAAAUUGAAUAUAAAUAUGUUUGGCAAUUAAUUUGUUGACGAGGCCCACUUGUCUGCGGUAGGUGCCUGGCUCAUGAGCCAGGCACCUAGAGGGUUAACCUGAUUGGACUGGAUGAGGAGAUUAGAAAACAAAGACACAGAGAAGAAAGUUGGGCCCUGGAGGUCCACUGUCCGCUGAUGGUGGAAAGUGGGCACUGUUUAUUGCUUGCACACAGUUUUUAUAGCAGAAGUAGAAUUCUACAGGUAAGGGGUUUUGGGAGCUUGAGGGAGUAGGGUAGCAAAUAUUCCAGAAGUGAGACAAAGUACAGCAAGUAGAAACUGCUAACAGGCUGGCAAUUCACUCUGUAACUUUCAAGGCUGUUUGU